AUGCGGAUGCGGCGAUUGCCGGGGCCGUUGCUCGCCUUUACCUAUGUUGGCACAGACCCGGUCCGCCUCGAGGAGAGCGCCCACUACGUGCCUCCUCCACGCUUCAAGGGCCGCUUCAGCAGCCUGCCGGCUCGGGCUCCGCCGGACGAGGCUGGUCGGCUCGCCUGGGCCGUGCAGCGCCUGGAGGUGGAGAAGGUGCGAGGCGUGCUGAAGAGAUGGCCACAUGGGGCUACCCUCAUUGAUGAUGAGGACAACACGCUCUUCCACUUGGCAGCAUCUCAGACGGGUCGCUGCGCAGCACAGCCGGAAGCGGCGAAAGAGGUGGUCUCGAUGCUCCUGCAGAGCGGCUGGGAAGUGGUGGACCAGAAGAACCGCUGGGGCGAACGCGCCGAGGGGGUGGCUGCACGCCUGGACCCCCGAGGAGCCGCUGAGCAGCUUAUGCGCUCGAGGUCCAGUGGCUGCGCAGAGGCAUUGAGGUCGCAGAAGCCGCUGCCGCUGCUGGGGGAAAUGUCGCCAAAGCCGUGGCAGUGGCAGUACCCCGUCCAGGAUGAGCAGCGAAGAAGCUACAUGGGGGUGAUCUUUCGCGCCUUUCCGGAAGAGACAUGCACGAAGUGGCUGCACACCUUGGUAUCAGAGGGCCACUGGAUCCAAAUUCCGGGCGUGCCCAGAAGAGUGAUUUGGUACGUGGACGAGGACUUUGCAGAUGUGCCGUACAGGUAUUCAGGAUUGGAGUUUGAGGCCACGCCGUACCCGGACUUCAUGCUGGAGAUCCGGGAGGAGCUGUGCAAGCUCUGCGGCAUCCCAGAGGGUGAAUAUCCCAACUCCUGCAACGUCAACAUCUACGACGAUCAGAGUCAGGAGGUUGGCUGGCACUCGGAUGACGAGGUUCUCUUUCAGGGCCUUGCGGGCGACACACGGAUCCUGUCCCUGUCGCUUGGAGCGUCUCGGGAUUUUUGCUGGAGGUUGCAAGGCACCUUGGAGAUGCUGGGCACCGUGCCACUGGGCGACGGGGACGUGGCAACCAUGGAAGGACUUUUCCAGAAGCACUACAAGCACUGUGUCCCGCCCAGCGACGAGCCCUGUGGAAAGCGCAUCAACUUGACCUUCCGCUGGAUCAAGGUGAAGGCUCACGCCGUGGAUGCAGACGUUCAGGCAGCGGAGUGA